GCCAAGGAGGCAGGGACCACCGGAGGUGGAAAACUGGCGGCCCAGGUCGGGGCCGGGAGAAGGGCGGGCCUAUUGUUGGGGGAACUUGCUUCCGGGGAGGGGACAGCAGUGCGGGGCGGACCAGCACCCGGAAGUGGUGACGCGGGAGACUGUGGGGGACUGUGAGCGGCGUCAGGUACGCUCCAGGCUUUUUGUCCCCGGGUUCGAAAUUCCCACUUUGGCCUUGGAAAUUCUUUUCUUCAUACCUCCUCACGUCUCCUAAGCCAUCCACUCCCGUCAGGCCUGGUGCGGCGAGUCCUGCAGUAGAUUUAGACAUGAGUCAAAGCAGCGAAGGAUGUAUGAAAAAGAUUAGCGGUGUGAAUCUUGACAAGCUUAUAAGUGAUUUCUCACAGAUAGAAAAGAAAAUGAUAGAAACCAGUGGAAAGAAUAAUAUACUGGAUAUGCAGUUGGAAAAAACUAACUAUUUGUUAAAAGUAACGCAAACAAAGGAGGUUUCAAUUAAAAAAGAAUGUUCUGCUCUUCAUAAUAUGAUAAAAGGGCUACAGCAGACCAUUGAACAUCAACAUAAUUUGAAAGGUGAAAAUGAACAACUAAAAAGAAAUGCUGAUCUUAUGAGAGAAAAGCUGAAGUCUCAUGAACAAGAAUAUAAGAAUAAUAUUGCCAAACUUAUGAGUGAAAUGAAAAUCAAAGAGGAGGGACAUAAAAUAGAAAUAAGGAAACUUUAUCAGGAUAUGCAGGAAAAAAUUGAGUCAAAUGAAGAAAAGCAUAAAGAAGUGAUAGAGAAAAAGGAGGUGGAAAUUUCAGAGUUAAAUGCAAAGUUAAAAACUCAAGAAAAGGAAAAACAAAGUGAAAUAAUCAAAUUACAGCUCGAGUUUGAUGCCAAACUAGCAAGAGUUCAAACUAAAUCAAAAUCCUAUGCAGAGUCUACUGUUUUGCCACAGAGUAUCUACAGAAGGAAGCUUCAACAUCUUCAAGAAGAAAAAAACAAGGAGAUUGCAGUUCUUCGUAAUACCAUUCGCAAUUUAGAGCAACGUCUCUCUGUUGACAAAGAUUCUCAACUUAAACCUUUUGACAAAGGUUCUUGCCCUAAGCGUAGAUGGUUUUGAGUAUGACAGUAAAUUCAUUAGUUGCUACUUAAUUUCUUUAAAAGCAGUUGAAAAUGCCACUUCUGUCAUUAAUAUAACAUAUUACCUAAAUAAUAACAAUGAAAAAAAGAUCGCUUUAAACAUUUUAAAUUGAGUUUAUUUAAACAAAUCCACAUUUGGCCAGCUGUGUGUACCACAUUCUUGCUUAAUAGUAUUAACCAUAGAGGAGUUCAGGUUUAUAGCACGUAGUUUACCUAUUGAACCAUCAUUGACUAUGGAAAUACUUCCUAAGCAAUCAAGAGACAGACAACAUUCAUUUACCUUCUCCAUUACAUCUUUCAAGACAGACUAUCUCAAAUUUUAAACAGUAUGCUAUAAUAAUGCUAGAUAAAGAAAAUAAGACAUAAGAGUUUCAUUCAUAUGUGAUAGUAAAAAUCAAGAACUAUGACUGUUAGACAUACAAAGUAUAAAUGGAUAUUUAAAAUGUAGUCACAGCAAAAUAUUCAUGUGUCAGUAUUUCUGGAAACUGAAAGAAUUAUAAAGGCAGUUCUUUAUAAGAUUUAAUCAGUUAAAAAUGUAAGAUUAAAAAGGCAAGUAUUUUUUUGAGAAAUAAGUAAAGAAAAAAAUGGAAAACAUGUCUUUGUUGUUCUUUCUCCAUUCUAAAUUGCUAACUAU